ACGUCUUGUGCUCCAAAACCAUGGCAACGAUUCCGGUAAAUACGAUGAACGGUGACUUGAUGGACAAGAAUUACAAUCUUGGACACUUUUUUAUGGACUACAUGACCAAGUUCCCUGAAGACUGUGUUUGGCAGAUCGACGCUGGUACAGGCAAGACAGAAUCGAAGUUGUCUGUAAAGAGCCGUUCGAUACGAUUGGCCAGAUGUCUCCGCAAUGCGGGACUGCGACCGGGCGACGUGGCCGUCGUGUGCGGCAGAAACCACCUGGACGUCCACAUUCCCUUCUAUGCUGCGUUUAUGAACGGUCUACCAUUGGCUGGAGUUGAUCCUAUUUACAGAUACGGUGAGCUAUUAAAUUAUUACAGGGUACUUUUUACAAUCUUUGAAUCAGGAUUUACCAAAGAAAUCAAAUUUCAUUUUAAGACGACCAAACCAAGAAUAGUUUUCUGUGAAGUGGAAAAUUUCGACGAUAUAAAGAGAGCCGUGACGGAUCUCGGGCUUGAUACGAAAAUGGUGACUUUUGGUGAAGGUGACCACUCUUUAGCAAAGUUCUUGGAGAUAUACGAUGACCACGAGCCGGAACACACAUUCAAAGUGGCGAGCUUUGACACGGACAAGGUAUUUGCUUGGCUCGUCAGUACAAGCGGAACCUCGGGACUACCCAAGGUCGCAGCUUUCAAGCACCUUCCCAUCCUCCAGGUACUUCGACUGUACGAGAUGCUCAAAGAAAAAGAAAUUCAACCAGUUUUGAACUUGUCAAGUGUGCAGUGGAUAUCUUCGUACCUGGCGUCCUUGGCCAUGAUCACCGCCAACCACAUCAAGGUGCAAUCUUCGUCCCCCAUCACCAUGGAGCACGCCAUUGACAUCAUCAACAAAUACAGGCCUGUAAAAACCGUCGCGAGUCCACAUCUGUUUUCUGGCAUCGUCAGAUAUCCAAAGUCUUGUGACUUGACCUGCUUCAACUGCAUCAUUAUUAGUGGUUCUUCCAUGAAGCCAGAGAUUCUCCAACUACUCAAAUCAAGAAUGCAUCCAAAAGCUAAGGUGUGGAAUCUGUACGGUCAAACAGAGUGCGUAGGACCUAUAUUCCUCCCGUGCCCAGACGGCCCCGCAGAGAAUGUGGGAAAAGAAGUACCACAAGUAAAAGUACGGGUAGGUACCUCUAUUUUAUUUAUUUCAAUUCAUCGAUACUUAAUGCUUGUGCAGUUGGUGGACCCCGCGACUGGCGAAGUCGUCACGAAGUCAAACCAGACGGGAGAGCUCUGGUCUAAGGGGCCAAGAUUUGCAGAGUACUACAAUAACCCGGAAGCAACUGCGGAGGCGUUUACAGCUGAUGGUUGGUACAAAACCGGAGACCUUAUGUACAGAGAUGAAGAAGGUUACUUCUUCUACUUGGAUCGUAUAUCCAGUACCUUCAAAGUACGAGGUUACUUUAUAAUGCCCAUGGAAGUUGAGAAUGUGAUCCAAACGCACCCUGACGUGGUGGAGGCGUGCGUGGUCGGCGUGCCGAACGCCGAGGACGGCAAGCGCGUCGUCGCCGUCGUGCAGCGCCGAGUCGGCGCCGCCGUCACCGAGCAACAAAUCAAGGACCUCGUAGCCAGUUAG